AUGGAGCUGCUGAGUAGUGGCAGCCGCAGGUUCGGGGCAGUGCGCGAAAGCAGCAAGGAAGGGGAAGGGCGUUGGAAACUCAGAUUACAAAAUGACAUGAGCAGCACGGGGGUGGCCAAGCUGAAGCCGUAUCAUGUGAGCGAAGUGCUGAGAACACUGUUUGACGCUGACGUCGGUCUGGCGUUGUUCCGGUGGGCCAAGGACGUGCAGGGAGUGAAGCGGGACGAAUUUGUGUACUCUGCCCUCUUUGGACUGCUGGGGCGGGGGAAGGAUGCUGCAGGGCUGGCGAGGGCGGUGGAGGAGAUGAGAGAGGACGGGUGCAGCGAAAAUGAAUUCACGCUGCAGGCACUCGCUGCUGCGUACGCUCGUGCUGGCAGGUUUGAGGAGGCUCUUGCGACGCUGGCGGCUUUGGAGCAUGGGGGAUUUUCAGAUAGUCGUCCGUCUACUGCUGGGGCUCGAGUGGACGUGCUAUUCCGCAUGGGCCGGUACCGCGAUGUGAUCAAGGCGUUCAAUGCGACGCGGAGGGCAGGAGAAACACCCGACGAGUUCAUUUACAAUGUUGUCAUCGCCUGCCACGGCCGCCUCAACAACAGCGUUGCAGCUGAGGCCGUGUUCAAGGAGAUGAUAUCACGGGGAAUGGUGCCCAGUGUAAGCUCUGUGAAUACUCUCAUGGAAGGGUAUGGCUCGGUUGGCCGGAUUGACGACGCGAUGGCAGUUUUUGACCGCAUGUGCCUGGCUGCUGUUGCUGCUCGGACAAAUCAGGGGGGAGGAGAAGGAGGAUGGCAGAAGGGUGAAGGAAACACAAGGGAAGGGGGUGGGACAGGCAGCUGUGCGCAAGUGCCGACUGCUUCUCCUGAAGUGUCUCGAAAUUCAAGUGCCGUACGUCCUCCUCCGUCCAUUUGGCCGGCCCCGGACAUGAUCACCUACAGGAGUGCACUGAACCUGCUGGGCAUAGCUGGGCGGCUGUCAGAAGCAGAGGCCACGUUUGAGGCGAUGCUGGUGGCUGGAAUGCACCCAGACGCCAUGGCUUGGUCCACCUUGGUGCUGAUGUGGGCCAGAGAGAGCAACCCCGAGCGCGCCGCCAUGUGGUUCGACCGCAUGCUGCUCUCCGGGUGUCAGCCCAAUGCGGCGGCGUACAAUGCGCUCCUGCUCGCGUUUGUGAGUGCGGAGAUGUUUGACGAAGCAGAGGAGGUGCUCUCUGCGUUCAAAAACGGGUGGGAUGUAGUGGGGCGGGUGGGGAUAACGCCAGGAGGAGAAAAGCACACUAAUCUCAGCAAACACAAGCCAGAAAAAGUCCCAUGUUCCACAGGCGAAACCAUGGGUGGUCAUGGUUACGUCAGGCCAGGCCGGGCUUUGAACCUGGUGCGAGGGAAGGUGCUCAACCUGCCUGUUGGCGAGCGUCCUGACUUGAUGACCUACACCAUGCUGCUGAAUGCUUGCACCACCUGCACUGCUCGCAGCGGUGUGGGCCGGUUGAUGCGGCUGAUGGAAGAGACGGAGCAUCCCGCCCACUCCGUGUUCCAGCUGCUCUUGGAGGGGUUUGAGGCGCCUCAGUCUGUGUGUCGCAUGCUUAUGGAGGAGGCCGUGAGUGAGGGAGUGAGUUUGGAAAGGAGUGAUGGAGGAAGUGAGGGAGGAAAGGGAGAGGGUGGCUGCGGGACGACGGAGAGGGAUGCUGUUGCGAGAAUGAUGGUGAGGGGUUUGGUGGAACAGGAGGUGAGGGAGGUGUUGGCGGAGUGGGAGGCGGAGCGGUGGCGGGAGGUAGAGAGGAGGAUGAGAGGGGCUGUGUGUACCAAGGCUGAUGUUCACUCCCAGCGUGGCUUUUCUGAGGCUUGCAUCUCUUUCCUGCAUAAAUUUGGGCAACACGAACGGGCAGCUCGCAUGUGGGACCUCUGCCACACGCGACUACAGCUGUUCACUAACACCGUUCGUCUGCCCGCGAUUUACGGGCGGCAUGGGAAAUGUUUAUUGGACUUACACGGCAUGUCAGGAGGCACUGCAGUGACCGUGACCCGGUGGGCGUUGGAGAAGAUGCGGCAGGCUGUGGUGGCCUCUGCUGCCUCAGGUGCUCCAUCAGGUGCUUUUGAUUCACCACUGGGAAUAUCAAGGGAAACAGUAGCAGGAGGAACCAAUCUUAUGGCAGGGGCGGUGGAACCAGAAGAGGAAGCAGAGGAGGAUGAAGAGGGAGCUGCAGUUGGUGAGGUCGAGCCACCAGGAUCAGCUGUGGCGCAGAAGCAGAAGCAACCACUAACAGCAGCAGCAACAGCUGGUGGUGCUGCUGGUGCUGCUGGUGGUGGUGGUGCACUAUCCCGGAAUGAAUUACCACCCUUGCAGUGGCGGCGACCGGGGAAGGUGGAGGUGGUGACGGGGUGGGGCAAGCGCAGCCGGGUGCAGGGGGCGUUGCUGGUGAAGGCAGCGGUGGAGGCGCUGCUGCUGAGGGACCUCACAGCGCCCUUUUCCCUCCACCGCUCCCAUCCCGGCUCCUAUGAGGCCCUCGGCGUGGACCUUGAACAAUGGCUGCUCACGCCAGUGCCGUCGUCUGCGUCUUCGUCGCAUGCACGGCUUCCGUCGCAGCCGUCACUCUUUCUGUCGCAACGGCACGUUGCUCCCACCGAUCCUCGAUUCGAGACGAUUCGACACCCAUACGCAGUUGACCGUGCCACAGAUGGUUCUCCUUGCGCAGCAGCAGCAGCAGCAGCAGCAGUACCGCCAUCAGCUGCUGCUGCUCCUACUAGCAUCCACUCCAGAGGCUUCACGCGGAGGGCAGAGAGAGGGCGGCCCCUGGCAGCAGCAGGCGCAGCUGCUGCUGAACGGGUGACGCCAGAAGCAGCGCUGCUAGGACCCGCACGUCCAUCUUCACCUGCAGCAGCAGCAGCAGCAUCGGCAGCAGGAGAGACGGUUCGAGCAGCGGGAAGAGCAGAUGUGUUUAUUAGAGAAGCAGCAGAGGUAAGCUGGGAGAGGGACCCUUGGCCUGAGGGGGGUUGGAAUGGGAUGGCGAACGGAGCAGGAGGAGGGAGAAGGCAAGGGAGAAAAGGAGGAAAUGGAGGUGGAGGAGGGAGAGCAGAGGGGGAGAGAGAAGCAGCAGGUGCUGCAGCAGCGAGAGCCGCAGAGGGGAGGAGGUCGGAGGCAGCCGAGAAGGAGUGGAACAGGAACAUGGAGGCUUUGCUUUUCAACAUGCUCGCUCCCCUCCAAACUUCCCGGCCGUCUGCGGCUCCUCCUGCUGUUCCCAGUUCUGCAGCCUCCCGUAGCGCCUCGUCCCCUGCCACCUCUUUCCCUCCUGAUGUUUCCUCUGUGCAAGUCAAUGUUCAAACUCAAAAGAGGGUGAGAGGCAGGCCAACGGCCAUGGGUGACAUGGUGGCGCUGCUGCAGCAGCAGUGGACGAACCAGCAAGAAGGCCACAGCAUCAACGCCGACAGCAUGAAGAGCAUGAGAAGAGUCCAAGCAACAGGUCAGGUGACGGCCUACCACGUGACGGAGGUGCUUCGAACGCUUUGGGACGCUGACGCUGGUCUGGCGUUGUUCCGGUGGGCCAAAGACGUGCAGGGGAUGAAGCCGGACACGUAUGUGUACUCGAGCCUCUUUGGCCUGUUGGGUCGGGCGAGGGACGCGGCGAGUCUGAAGGGGAUUUUAGAGGAGAUGGAGGAGGAUGGGUGCGAGCACAACGCCUUUACUUUGCAGGCGCUCGCUUCUGCUUAUGCCCGUGCUGGGAGGGCUCGAGUUAACGUGCUUUAUAAAAUGGGUCGGUACCGUGACGUGAUCAGGGCGUUCAGAGAGAUGCGGGAUGCAGGCCACACACUGGACAGUGUCAUCUACAACACCGCAAUCACAUGUUAUGGCCGCCUUAACAACACUCUAGGGGCUGAGAUGGUGUUCAAGGAGAUGAUUAAGCGCAAGAUGCAGCCUGAUGUGCGCUGUGUCAACAGCCUCAUGGAUGUGUAUGGUUCGGCUGGCAGGAUUGAUGAUGCCAUGGCAGUUUUUGACCGCAUGUGCCUGGCUGCUGUUACUAUUGGGGCAGGACAAGGGAGAGACGGAGGAGGAGGAGAAAGAGAACAAAAUGUGAGCCUUCUCAGUGAGGCGGGUCGAAUCUCCGAGGCAGAGGCGACGUUUGAGGCGAUGCUGGUGGCGGGGAUGCAGCCGGACGCCGUGGCGUGGGCCACCAUGGUGCUCAUGUGGGCCCAGGAGAGCAACCCCGAGCGCGCCGCCAUGUGGUUCAAACGCAUGGUGGCCGCGGGAUGCCGGCCCAACGCGUCAGCUUACAAUGCUCUCCUAGUCGCGCUUGUCAGCGGGGAGAUGUUUGACGAAGCAGAGGAGGUGCUUUCUGCGUUUAAAAAUGGGCGGGACUUGGUGGGGCAGGUGGGGUUGGUAAGAAAGGACCACUCUGGUUCAGACAAACGCAUGCUCGCCCAAGCCGCAGUUCCAACAUUACCCUGGGUCCGUGGUGACAGUAGCAGCCUCUGGUCAGGUCAAACACUAAACCAGACAGGAGGCAAGGCGCCCAAUUGGCUUCCUAGUGAACCUCCCAACCUCAUGACAUACGUGAUGCUGCUCAAUGUGUGCAUGGUCUCUACAGCUGGAAACACUGUGAGUCGGCUGAUGCGGCUGUUGGAAGCAACAGAGCAUCCGGCUCACGCCGUGCUCCAGCUGCUCUUAAAGAGCCUUGAGCCACCUCACGCAUUGUCCCACCUGUUUGUGGACGAGGGCGGGAGUGAGGGAGGGAGUGAGGGUGUAUAUGAGGGAGGGAGUGCGGAGAGUAGCUGUGGAAAGGCCAGGAGGGAUGGUGUUGCGAGGGUGAUAGCGGCAGGUUUAUUGGAGAUGGAGGUGAGGGAAGUGCACAGCCGUGAACCGCCUCGUGCAUUGUCCAACCUAUUUGUGGAGAAUGGGAGUGAGGGAGGAAUUGAGGAAAUUGAUUGCGGAAAUGACAGGAGGGAUGUUGUUGCAAGGGUGAUAGCGGCUUGUUUAGUGGAAAUGGAGGUGAGGGAAGUGGUGAGGGAAUGGGAGGAGGAGCGGUGGCAGGAGGUGGAGAGUAGGCUGAGAGGGGAUGAUAUCGCCAAGACUGAAGCCAGUUGCCAGCGGGCGUUUGCACAGGCAUGCAUUGCUUUCUUACAUAAAUUUGGGCGGCAUGAGCAGGCAGCUCGCUUGUGGGACCUUUGCUGCACGCAACUACAGCUGUUCCCAAACAUUGUUCGGCUACCCGCGAUUUACGGGCGGGAGGGGAAAUGUGUCUUGGACUUACACGGUGUGUCAGCAGGCACAGCAGUGACAGUGACCCGGUGGGCGUUGGAGAAGAUGCGGCAGGCUGUGGUGGCCUCUGCUGCUUCAUCAGGUGCUUUUGAUUCAUCGUUGGAAGUAUCAGGAGGAACUGAUGUCACAGUUAAAGAAGCGGAUUUAGCAGAGAAUAUCGAGGAUGCCGAAGAGGAAGCUCCAAUUUCGAAUGUGGAGCCAGCAGAUGCAUCCCCGGGCAAAAUACAGCUGCAGUGGCGGCGGCCGGGGAAGGUGGAGGUGGUGACGGGGUGGGGCAAGCGCAGCCGGGUGCAGGGGGCGUCGCUGGUGAAGGCAGCGGUGGAGGCGCUGCUGCUGAGGGAGCUCACAGCGCCCUUCUCCCUCCACCGCUUCCACCCCGGCUCCUAUGAGGCCUCUGGUGCUGACCUUGAGCAAUGGCUGCUUUCGCCAGGUGUUGAUAAGUUCUUGGCUCCAAAAAACGAGGAUUGA